GAUUUUGCCCCCUAAAUACAAAACACAAAUUUAAAUUCCUGGUAAGGUAUAUUGGCAACAGCGUCUCCUAUCGUCAACCGGAAAUAAUCGAGUUGGCAGGCGGAAGUAACCGCGAGGCACGUAGCUGUCGGCGUUAGGAGAACUUUAUUUGAUAUUAAAUAAUAAUUUUAAAAAGCAACGACGAACCUCCCUGUAGCAUCACAGCUGCACCGACCGUAAAGAUGUUCAACAGACAGACGAGCCUAUGGAUGGGUGACUUGGACCCAUACAUGGAUGAGAACUUCAUCAAGCAGGCUUUCAGUGCUAUGGGAGAGUCACCAUUUGGUGUAAAGAUCAUCACUCACAGAAUAACAGGUGGCUCUGCAGGAUACUGCUUUGUGGAGCUAGCAGAUGAAGCAAGUGUGGAACGAUGCGUUCAAAGACUCAACGGAAAACUGGUUCCGGGUUCAAAUCCGCCACGGAAGUUUAAGCUAAACUAUGCCACUUACGGAAAGCGGCCAGAGGCAGGGCCAGAGUUUUCAGUGUUUGUAGGCGACUUGGCAUCUGAGGUGGAUGACUUCCAGCUACACCAGGCUUUUAAGAAGUACCCUUCCUGCAAAGGAGCUAAAGUGGUCACUGAUCAGUAUGGAUACUCCAAAGGCUACGGCUUCGUCAAGUUUGGGGAAGAGAGCGAACAGAAGAAGGCAAUCGAGGAGUGUCAGGGAACAAUGCUCGGUGGAAAGCCACUCAGGCUCAGCAUUGCUGUAGCAAAGAGUCAAAAGAUGACCAGCUACCCAGGUGGUCAAGGACAAAAUUAUUAUAGCAACUACAACCAGACCUCUCAGACCAACUACUAUGGUAAUCAAAGCAGUGGAAGUCAGGGCAGUUACUACUCUCAGUGGGGCAACUAUGACCAGUAUAGUGGUUACAACAGUGGCUAUAACAGUGGCUACAAUGGCAGCUACGGCAGCGCCUACAACUACAACUACGGACCCUAUGGAUACCCACCACCAGGUCACAUGAUGCCACCACCUCCUAUGGGAAUGCCACCCACGGGUGGUGAUAUGUCGGGGGCAGUGGAGAGUCAUGAAGACACUGAGGAAGUCGAGGAGGACAACACAGAAGAGCCCACAUGUGAAUGUGAUGUGGAGCAGUGGAACAAGGACUUCAUGCAGCGCAGUGAGGAGCUUUAUGAAGCCAUGAUGAACUGUCACUGGGAAACACGAGACAAUUUCGAGUACAACGCCUCCUCACUUCCUUCAUAACUGUUGGCCAAGAAGUCAAAUGCUCGUGAUUCAGAUGAUGAAGCUACACCUAUGCCUAUCAAAGAGCUGUCAAGAGUUCACUUUCCUGGCAGCACACAGCGAUGAUCUUUGAAGUGCAUUAACUGUAGUAAUACUUCCAAUUUAUAUCACGUUUGUUGUUAUGCUUUAGUGGGAACUACCAAUUGGUAUGCAUCAGAGGAAGAGAAUUUGUUUAGCAAUCAGACACUGUGUGAGUUCUAUUUGUGUUUUACUCCAUGUUGUCAGAGAAACUCAUUUAUAGUUUUUGAAUACACUGUUACUACAGCCAUACAGGCAGGAGAUUUUCCCUUUGUUUUUCCACAGAGAUUGGCAGUAUUUGUCCUUAAAGUUGCUGGCAAAAUGAAACAAAACCAAUACUGUACAGAAGGUGAACAAAAUAUGAAGUUAGAACAAUUACAAGUAGUUCAGAUAAAACCAUCAUGACAUGAAACAAACCUUUUGCUCAUCAGAAUUCUUUAUCAGAAUUUUCUAUAACUGAAAUUUCAGUUGUGGUUUUAUUUCUAUGGUAAACAGUACUUUUUUUUCCAUCUUUGCCUUUUGAAUGAAUGAUUUAUAUUAAUGAAGGAACGUCCCCACAGUUGUCUUUGUAUUUCUCAUUUAUUUAUUUAUUUUUUUGUCUUUCUAUAUUAUCUAUAACUUCAGGCUAUAGAUUACAUAAUAAAGAAAGACAAAAAUACAAGACUCCACAUGUGCCAAGUGUAAUAUUGGUGGUACCUGGGCUUCCAGUAGUAGUACGGGGGGAUUUGAUUCGAGUUAGGAUUGAGUUGUUAAAUGUUGAAUUUCUUUUUUUUUUUAGUGUACUUCAGAGCAUAAUAUGAUAAUAAAAAUAACUGUAGACUGUAGAUAUUCUUUUGUUCACACUUUCUUUUAAUUCCUUUGUUGUGUGUUUGCUAACAUUAGAUUAAUGAAAAGAAUCUCGUAAGAAUAAAAGUCUAUUUAAUGUA